AGAGACCAUCAAACAGAGUGUUAACAGGUGGAGGGGCACAAUGUUUGUGGUGUUUUCUGUUAAUUCAAUUAAUUGGUAUUAAGUUAGUUAGCUAAAUAAAUUAUUUGGGCAAACCGCUGUUUUCAAAGCCAAAAAUUAGCAAUGGGCACCAAAAAGCUGGAACUCCGCAACCAGAAUUUUGAGCAGAAGCAACAUGAAUACGAGUGGUAUUGGGCACCAGUCUACUGCGCUGUCUGGUUUGCCAUUUUCUACAUCGCUGUCGUUCCUAGUUUCUACAAUUAUGCGCAAACAAUCCUUAUACAAGAUGAAAAUCACCACCCCGAUGAGUUUAUAGGUGAACGCGCCGAGUUGCAACUAUCGACAUUGGCGCAUAUUGGCGUCAAACUUAUUGGUACCAUUGAAAAUGAAAUUUUGGCGGUCAAUUUUUUGCUCGGCGAAAUUGAAAAAGUCAAAGCACAAGCACGUCUUGAUCUCUACGACAUUGAAGUUGAAGUGCAAUAUUCCUCGGGAAAUUUCGAAUUAUGGGGCAUGGCCGCCAGUUACCACAAUGUCUCCAAUGUAGUGGUGAAAUUGACGCCAAGGAAUGUGACAACCUCAGCAUAUUUGCUAGUGAAUGCCCACUACGAUUCCGAAGUGCACUCGCCAGCAGCGGGCGAUGAUGGAGUGAUGAUUGUGAUCAUGCUGGAAACUCUCCGAGUAAUUUCGAGCUCAGAGAAACCGCUUUUGCAUCCCAUAGUGUUCCUGUUCAAUGGUGCUGAAGAAGGUAACAUGCUGGCGUCGCAUGGCUUCAUCACACGUCACAAAUGGUCGCAGUAUUGCAAAGCAGUCAUCAAUCUGGACUCGGCCGGUUCAGGUGGACGCGAAAUACUCUUUCAAUCGGGACCCAAUCACCCGUGGCUCGUGAAGUACUACAAGCAAAGCGUGCCACGCCCCUUUGCCACCACAAUCGCCGAGGAAUUGUUCCAAAACAAUUUCAUACCCUCGGACACAGAUUUUCGUAUAUUCCGCGAUCAUGGCAAGCUUCCAGGUCUGGAUAUGGCACACUCGCUGAAUGGCUACGUCUAUCACACCAAGUACGAUACCUAUGCAAAUCUCGAGCGACGCACCUGCCAGACAACUGGUGAGAAUGUGCUGGCACUAACGUGGGCGUUGGCCAAUGCGCCAGAACUGGAGAGCCCUGAGGACUAUUCCGAGGGCCACACUGUUUUCUAUGACUACCUCGGUUGGUUUAUUAUCUGCUACACCGAAGAUGCUGGCAUCGUUAUUAAUAUCACCACUUCAGUUUGCGCUAUCGUCGCCAUUUUCGUAUCGGUUUGGCUCAUGUCACGCGACGAUGAUGCGGAUGCAGCCAAGCGCGUUUUCAUCCGUUUCCUUGCCAUACUUGCGGUGCAAAUUGUAACAAUUCUGGUAGCUGUAGCUCUGCCACUCCUAAUUGCGCUAGCUAUAACAGGUAUAGAUGCAUCCGAGUGUUGGUACUCGGAGUCAUGGCUGCUCUUUGGCCUCUACUUUUGUCCCACGUUCUUUGCAAUGGGCUUGCUGCCGGCGCUGUACAUACGCUGGACUCAAGAGGGGACCAACAUGCGUCGGGAUGACACUUUAGCCUGUUUCAUGCAUUCGCACUGCCUCAUUUUGGUUUGCAUUUGCCUGACUAUGACUGGACUCAGCAUACGUUCCGCCUUCUUUCCGAUGAUCGCCAUUUUCUUCUACACAAUAUCGGUCAUAGUGACGACCAUGAACCGUCUAUGGGGAAGGAAAUAUUUAUACCUGCCCAUUCACCUGCUGUGCCAGCUGCUGCCGUACUGGUUCUAUACCUACAUCACAUUUAUAUUCCUGAAAAUGUUGAUACCAAUGCAGGGACGCGAUGGACCGGAGAGUCAGCCAGACUUGCUGAUUGGUGUCUUGUGUGCCAUAAUGGGCGUACAUUUUGCGGGAUUCAUUUUACCUGUCUUGCAUAAGUUUCGCAAAUCCAAACCUUUUAUCAGUCUUUUUGGCGUAAUAUGUUUGGUAUUCAUUAUGUUGGCUUGUCUGCCCGUUGGAUUUCCCUAUAAGAAGGAUGUGGCCAUGCAGAGGGUUUACGUUUUGCACACCUCUCGCACCUUCUACGAUGAAUAUGGUUUUGUAUACAAAAACGAAUCAGGCUACUAUCUUCAGCCAGUGGAUGCACGCAUUGACACAUUGGAGAGUACAGUUCUUCAAACUGCCGAAUCAGAGUCAACGGUUAAGGAAUAUUGUGACACUGAACUCUUUUGCGGAUUGCCAUUAUACAAUUCACGUUGGCUGAAUUGGAAAAACUCUUCACGCUGGAUAUUGGCAACAAGUCCGCGAUUGCCUAUACCUACGGAGCUUAAGCUAACGUCAAAAGUUUACGUAACCGCAACAAGAGUGCGUUAUGGAUUUAGUUUGAAAUCUGCGGAUCGCAUUGUGGUGUAUAUCGAGCCUUAUCCAAAUACGAAAGUGAUUGAUUGGUCCUUUAAUAAGACACCAUUGAACGAGAAUUACACAACACCCUAUUUUAUAUAUCAUCUCUACUCGAUGGAUGAAAGACCAAUGACAUUUUGGAUAGAAGUGGAGCGUGGCUCUGCAGACUAUGAGGGUGCUACGCUACGUCUGGGCGUGGGCGUGCAUUUUAUGUACCACGAAGCUUACUACACCGAUGAGUUUAAAGAGUUCUUGAAUUCGUUCCCUGAAUGGUCCUAUGCCAUACACUGGUUCGCCUCGUACGAAAGUCGCAGUUUUUAGUGGUUUUGAAUUUUUUUUUUUU